AUGUCUAAGACACAAGAAGUGGAAACUACAAGUGUCCCUCCAACCCAAGCAACAAUCCCCUCGAGCAAACCAUCUGAUUCACAGCCCAGCACAGCCCAGCAGACCCUGUCCCCACCAACACAAUCAGCCUCAAGUGCUGGCACUGACACAGCCCAGGCACCUAAAGCAACAUCUCAUCAUCCCACAGCCCUUGUCCCUAGUUCCUCAAUGACAACCAAGUCCUCUGCGAUGGCUGAGACUGGUCCAAAACCCCCCAAAUCUAGCCAGAAUAGUAGUCCUCAAGCUGAGGCCUGUGCUUUGGAUGAGUACGCAGCAGGCACGGAAGGUUGUAUGUGCAACCACAGCUAUUACGCCCACUCAGAGCUAACCAGCAAGUUGAUGACCCUGCACUGCUGGCCACAGGACAUUGAGGUGGCUCUGAGAAGCUGCUUCCUGGAGACUCACCACUGGGUACUGAGGCAAGGUGCCUUCAAGGGAUGCUUCAGCACCAGGAAGAUAGAGCAGGGACACCGAGUCCACAGCUUCCGGCUGGAGAAGAAAAAGGACACCUGUGGACUCCACCUUUCUACCAACACCAGCCAUGCCCUGUACUCUGUGGAGGUGCAGCUUGAACAGGUGCUCCCUGGCUCCAACACCACUGACUCCAGAAUGCUCAACUUCAGCUGUGUCUAUCCUCUGGCGGUCAAUGUCAGCCAGACUCUCUCCAACCAGGUGGACUCCAGUCCCACCAUCCACAUUCCAAGUACUGGGGAAACCAUCGUCACCCUGAGCGUCUUCACAGAUGCUCAGCUCUCCUCCUCACUCAAGAACAGAACAGCUGUCAUUGGCACACCCCUCUACGUGGUCCUCAAGUCCACAAACAGUGAUCCCGGCAGGUUUGCCUUGGUGGCUAAUGAGGUCUUCGCCAGCACCAACCUCUCCAAGACGGGGGUUAAGGCCACCUACCAUUUUGUAAAUGACAGCUGCCCAGUCGGCGGCCGGCUGCUCCAGGACUUGGCGGGCAACGGGGUCUCUCUACAGGUGACCCUUGCCUUCACCCUGCAACGCUUCUUGAAUAGUGACACGCUCUACCUGCACGCCCGAGUGAGCCUAUGUGACAAGCAGCAGGGACGUUCAUGCCAACCGACUUGUAAGGCGAAGAAUCCGCUCCGGAGGAGUUCGCCCUGGGAGAUUCGAACACCGGUCGGUGUAGAGCAUGGCGGCCGAGGCGAGUGGAUAGUGUUCGGGCCUCUUCGCCUAAGCGAGUCCAAAGCCUCCAGCGGCAGGAGCUCACCAGGUUGGUACAAGGGAACUGCUGAGAUGAACUAA